CUCUCUCUCUCUCUCUCUCUGCGCGAAACGAAACCCAUUUCCCAUCUCCAUUCCUCACGCCUCCUUCGAGCUCCCCUCCUCGAAGCGCAACACCGCGAAUCCUCCAUGGAGUUCUCCAUCUCUCUCUACGCCCUCUCCUUCCUCCUCCUCCCUCCCCUCCUCCUCUCCCAGCAAGCCUACGUCAACAACAAGCAGCUCGACUGCGACAACCCCACCAACGACAACAACAUCACCCGGGGCUUCGACUGCAACGGCCCCCGCACCCCCUGCCGCUCCUACGUCACCUUCCGCUCCACCGCCGUCUACACCUCCCUCGUCUACGCCGCCUACCUCCUCAACUCCCAGCCUUACAUCGCCGACAUGGCCUCCAUCAACGGCGUCGCGGACGUCCAGCCCCUCGCUCCCGACACUCUAAUCAUCGCGCCCGUCGACUGCGCCUGCGCCUCCUCCUAUUACCAGCACAACGCGUCGUACGUGCUCAAGGCGUCCGACACGUACCUCCUCGUCGCCAACGACACCUACCAGGGGAUCACCACGUGCCAGGCCCUCAUGGCGGAGAACCCGUACGGCGAACGGAACCUGACCGUGGGGAUGAAUCUGACCGUCCCGGUACGGUGCGCCUGCCCGACGGCCAACCAGAGCUCGGCCGGGGUCGAGUACUUGCUCGCCUACCUGGUGACUUGGCACGAUACGAUCUCUUCCAUCGCGGCGAGGUUUGGGGUCAGCGUGCAGAGCGUGCUCGACGCGAACGAGUUGACGGAGACGAGCACGAUUUUUCCUUUCACGCCGAUUCUGGUGCCGCUGUCCAAGGAGCCGACAAAGAUCGUGACAGCGCCGCCGCCCGCGAGCCCGCCGGCGACUCCCUCCGUGCCGGCGACCGAUGAUUCGGGAUCUUCGAAGAAGUGGGUAUUCGUCGGCGUUGGUGUCGGAGGCGGUGCGCUCGCGAUUGCUCUUGCUGCUCUCGCGCUCUGGUUCUUCUGCUAUCACCCUCAGAAGCGCAAGCAAUCGAAAUCGUCCGGUUUAACGCCCAAGAAGUUCUCGGAAACCUCCCCGACGGAUUACGCUUCUGUGGCAGUGAAGGACGGUUCCUUCUCUGGCUUUUCUUCCGGCAUUCGAGAAGCCAUUGAAACUCUGACCGUGUAUACCUUCCAGGACUUGCAGGCGGCCACCGGGUUCUUCAGCGAGGAGAACAAGAUCAAGGGCUCGGUGUAUCGCGGCAAGUUCAAGAACGACAGCGCCGCGGUGAAAGUCCUGAAGGGCGACGUCUCGAGCGAGAUCAACAUCUUGAGGCAGAUCAACCAUUCCAACAUUAUCAGGCUUUCCGGGUUCUGCGUCCAUGAGGGGAACACUUACCUCGUUUAUGAGUUUGCUGAGAAUGGAUCUCUCAGCGACUGGCUUCACUCCAAGAAGUUCGAAAGUUCCCCAGUUCUAUCAUGGAAGCAGAGGGUUCAGGUCGCGUACCACAUAGCCGAUGGGCUCAACUAUCUGCACAACUACACGAAUCCCCCCUACAUCCACAAGAAUCUGAAGAGCAGCAAUGUUCUCUUGGACGCCAAUUUCAGAGCAAUGGUCGCGAAUUUCGGGCUGGCGAGAGUCGCGGAAGACAGCGAGGAAGGCGGACUUCAGAUGACCAGGCAUGUCGUCGGGACUCAAGGUUACAUGGCCCCGGAGUACAUAGAGAAUGGAGUGAUCACGCCGAAGUUAGAUGUUUUCGCCUUCGGGGUCGUGAUGCUGGAGCUCUUGUCCGGAAGGGAAGCUGCCGGAGACUCCAAGAAUGGAGAGGAGUUGCUGUCCGCAGCCAUCAAGAGGGUGCUCGAUGGAGACAACGUGAGGGAAAAUCUACGAGGCUUCAUAGAUUUUUCGCUUAAGAACGAGUAUCCUUUGGACUUGGCAUUUUCCAUGGCAGAGCUUGCGAAGAGAUGCGUCGCCAACGAUCUGAAUGCUCGCCCUGAGAUGGCCGAAGUUUUCAUGACUCUUUCCAAGAUCUUGUCUUCCUCAUUGGACUGGGAUCCAUCAGACGAGCUUGAUCGAUCCCGGGCAAUGAGUCUUGGUAGGUAAAUUAGGACGAAUCCGAUUGCCAAGUUCACUGGUCGAAGCGUCAGUCGUCGGUGUCCGUAUACGUAAUCCGGCGAAAUAGUAAGUUCUGGGGUGGGUUGAUUCAGGGACCAUCUCGUUGCGAAAUGCUUGUAUGAUGUUAUAGGCAAAGGCGUUGGAAUAAGUUAGCGUUAACGGUGCAUUCCUAGUUCGGCUAGGAAAAACAUACAUUAAUAUAAAAGGCAGUAACGAAGACUUUAA